CUUMGAGAAAUAUGAUAUUUCUUCAAAAACAUCGUACCUUUAGAUGAUCUUAYGCUUGGUAAAGGGCUAAAUGAAUGUCUUCUUGUCAAACAGAUUCUAGUUAUUCGAUUCAAGAGGUUUUAGAGUGUUUUCGAUGGCUAAUCCACCGAACAUUCGUAACUAUAAAGAUCUGAGAAACAAGUUCAUCAGAGGUCUAAUCAAACAUGAGCACCAACAGCGACGUCAUCAGUUUCUCAAGCAAGCAGCAGAAUGGACAUCUAAGGCUAUAGUCUCACUGUCUCUUGCUUCUGAGCCAAUCAGAUCUGCCAAACAGGCAACAAUGCUAGAAGGGGUUGGAGCAACUAUUAGAGCAAGACUUGACAAGAUACAACAAGAAAGCGGCACUUCAAAUGAGGACCCUUUACCAGGUCAACAUGUUAGUACUGGUUCAGGAUUAUUAGUUGCCAUGUUGAAUGAGAGUGAAGCAAUAAGGUCAUCAGAGGGYGGCAAGCCAUUGGUUGAAGAGUCCGAGUUAAAAGAAGCUUGUUCACUGAUUUGUGAAGAGAAGUUUAAUGUAGCCAAACCAUCUGCUUAUGGGGCACCAGUCCUUUGUCCUGCUUGGUGGAGAGUCAAUGUUUUAAUCAGCAGAGGAUAUUUGAAGAAAAGAACAAGAGGUAAGAAAGCAGUAUAUGAACUGUUAGAAGAAGGUGAGGAUGUUGCAAGAAGAUUAAGAGGAAAUCAUCCUCCACCAUUUCGAGUUAGAAAUACCACCCCAUCAUCAUCCAACUCUACCACAACAACUUCAUCUGCUCAAAGYAAUAAAAAGGCUCCUUCCUGUAAAAAGAAAGCCAAAACAUCUAACUCAUCGAGCACACCAAGCUUAUCAACAAAGUCUGAUGGACCUUUGUACAGUCAUGAUAGUGGCAGUGAUGGGGUGAUAAUGCUUGUCGAUGACCAUGAACUUGGAGGCGAUAGAAUUAGGCUAGGGGAGUUAAGCAGGAGAUUAAAAGAAUGGAAUGUACAACACAAAACAGCACAUCUCCCCUGUGGGGAUUAUUGGUGGCUUUGGCGGCAUAAGGGACAGGAAGUUACAUUGCCUGUUCUUGUUGAAAGRAAAAGAGCUGAUGACCUGGCAGAAAGCAUAAAAGAUGGACGAUUUUGUUCUCAAAAAGAUAAAAUGAAACAGUGGAGAAAGGACUUUGGAAUGCUGUCUAAUGAAGUUUGUCUACACUAUAUUGUGGAAUCAACCCCUGAAGCUUACUGUGUCAGAUGUAUGGAUGGGUGUGGUGGCGUAGGAAAAUGUGGUAAUCCAACAGUAGAGCAACUAGAGGUUGUAAUAAUGGAACURGAAAGAUCGCGAGAUUUUAAUUUAAUCCGUACAGAGAACUUAGAGACAACUGUAGAAUUCUUAGCUUCUGUUUCUGCGGAGCUCGAAAGACGAGUUAAAAAUGGUGAUUUUGAGGCACUGCGUCUAAUGAAGCAAGAUCGUCAUGUAACCUCAGCACAUACAUCAAGUAACGAAACACACYUAGUCUCCAGGGCAACCCAUUCUACACCAAACAGCCACCUUAACUCAUUGCCUUCAACGUCAAGGACCAGUCCAGGCCAAUCAUUAGCCAAUCAUUCCUUUGCAAAAAGGGAGUCGAAGAAUUCACCAGUGAGAUCGGGAACCAAGAGACAGUUGCCAUACGUUGAUAUAGACUUCAGUGAUGACAGAAAACCMCCAAAGAUUAAACCUGAAGUUGUGGAUUUAUGCGACUCGCAGGAUGAUGAUAUCUUUCUUGCUCCUUUUGAUGACUUACCAAACGUUUCAACUGCGACUAAAGAUAAACAYAAACCAGACAAGAAGCCCAUAUCAACCCACACAUCCAAUCAAAAUGCUCAGAAGGGUGUCAAUCAAGAUGAAGAAGCUAAAAUAGUGGCAAUUCGUGACGUCAUGCCGGAUGCAAAACUGGGAGAUAUUCUAAGUGCUUUAAGUUCGUGUGGUGGGAAUGUAGAUCUGGCUGUUGCAAAGCUGCUUGAUAACAACUAAAUGUUUAAUCAGAAAAGASAAUUUCUGGUCAGAAUACUAACUUCAGAUCAGCGUCGAUAUUAUGGACACUCAUGAAUACUUACUGAUCGAAUCCUCCGAGGACCAUGUAUAAGAAAACAAGAUGGUUUUAGUUUGUAUAAUAUUUUUAUAGCUCAGAGUUUUAACUUUAUUGUUUAUUUUAAAAUGACUUGUAAUCUCUAAACAUGUAGUUCUAUUAGCGGAAUGCRAGAGCAGAUCCUAGAGGAAUUUUGAUUUCGUUAGUUUUGAUGCAAUGACGGCAGAGUAUCAUUGAUAGGAGGCGAGUAAGAAAAUAUAUAUUUGUUGUAAAUAUUUAUUGGAAGAAAGCAAAAAAAACUGACGCAUGCAAUCUUUCUCUGCUACAGCAGUAGUUGCGUCAAGCUCAGUAUUGUGACAGAAAGGAUUACAAGCGUUCAGAUAAAUUACAAAUACCACAAGGAUGUUUGUUAUGAUCUUUAUUUCUUCAUCAUCUUAAAUGUACAAUUAUUGCUGAUAAAUACAGUAGAUAGAGAAGUACGAUAGAUAUAUUAUAUAGAUAUGUUUGUGCGCCCAGUUGUACUGACCAUAAUGUUCACGUGCACUUAGAAAG